CACCAUUCCAACUUUUCCCCGUCCGCCUUUGAGAUGUUCGCCUACUAUCUCGUCCUGACGCUUGUCGCUGUCCGCCUCACAUGGCCUAUGCUGUGGAAGCGUCUGCUCGACAUGUCGACGGAAAAAGAGACAGCCAUGUACGAUGCCGAGCGCUUUACCCAGCUCGACUUGGCACUCAGGCAGGGCAAGAGCGACAAGGGCAAGCCCAAGAAGCGCAGUGGAACCUGUGUCAUUGCCGGCGGCGGAGUCGCUGGCUGCAUGAUGGCCGCCGUUGCAACGAGGCAUUACGAGCGCGUGGUCAUCGUCGAGCCGUGCCAGUCAAACGAUUCGUGGCGCAAUUUUAUUAAGCAGUACGAUCAGCUGCACAACUUCAGCCCCUUCACUGUGGAAAGCCUCCAACGCAUCUGGCCAGGUCUUUUCAGGGAAGAGGUGCUGAAGCGAGGCGGACGUUUCGCACGAUAUGAAACAGUCAGAUUCGAAUUUUGGCUCAACAAAGCCCGUGUCGACUGGGACAGCAAUGUUGACAAGUUCGGUCCGACAGGGGACGACUGCCUGAUGAUGAAUAGGCCUGGCUUGCAGGCCGUCAUUGGAGAUCUGACCAAACUUCAUACGCCCGGCGUCGAAUUCGUCUAUGGAAAGGUGACGGGAGCUUCGCUGGGUAAGGAUGACGAUGCGCUUAUCGACAGGGUCCACGUCAAGACUGCAUCGGGCGAAGGCAAAUGGCUGGACUGCCAGCUCUUCAUAGACUGCUCUGGUGCAGCCAGGGUCUACAAGAACAUUCUCAAGGUGCUCAGCAACCCACGCUUCGAGGCUCCCAAGGUGGAAGAAUACCAAAUGAAUGUCUCGUACUCCACUGCUCUCAUCGACGUCGAUGAAACAAUCGCUCGGCGUCUGCCUCUGCCAGAAAGCUUGGAGCCAGGCUGGGGAAAAAUAACCAACGUUCUCCUUACUGCGCCGACGCUGACGAGUGGAAGCAGCUACGCACUUAUGACCCACACUGAUGGCAACAAAUACUACCUCGCUGCCAUGAAGUACGACACAACACCAGAUAUGAUGCCCAAGAAGCUGGAUCACUUCAGGCAGCAUGUCAAAGAAGCAUAUGCUGCCAACACGGACCAAGAUAUUGGAUCCUGGUUCGAUGAGACCAUUGAUCUACUGCAGGAGAACGAGGACUUGACGGAACAAAAAGCCCAUUUCCGUCAAGCGAGAGACUCGGACAGCUAUGUCACGGUUAUCGAUGCGCGGAACCGGAAGCUGCCUCACAACCUCGUUCUCGUCGGUGAUUCAUUUUCUAAGCUCAACCCGGCCUUUGGACAGGGUACGCACAAGGCUAUGUCAGACUGUCUGACACUCUCGGCCAGUCUCAGCAAGUUUGACAAUGUCAAGGACGUCGCAAGAGAUUUUGAUGCGAGGAGGAAUCCCAGAUCCUAUGGUCUCUUUGACUUCAAUCGAGCCAUGGACCUUGCCAGUCCCGACAUUCAAAAGCUAAACCCAAAGAUCCCAGUCACACAAGGGAAAGAGCUGCGCUCGCUUCUCGGUGGUCUUCUCAAGUACAUUCACCGUUUUGGCCAUGAGGACCAUUCAGUGGGGAAUUGCCUCUUUGCUGUCAUGUUUGGCUCCAAAGGGAGCCUGGCCCUGAUGCAUCCCCGUAUCCUCUACGCCGCCGUACGUGGCUCCUUCAUGUAGUUGAUUACGACAACAGACUGCUCUUGUCUAUUUGCUGGCCUUGUCUUCUCACAAAGCACGUAAGCAUAUCAUGCGAAGCU